AUGUCUUAUCACUCACUAAGUGAAUCUAAAAAAAAAGAUGUGCACUCUUUAGAUGAUGGACAAUUAAAAGCUUUACUUGACGAGGCUAUCCAGUAUAAAAAUCCAAAAGAUAGAGAAGGGAAAAGUAAAAUAUUUCGGGAACUUCUUCAAAAAGUCGAAGCCGACGAUAGUGACUAUAGCUAUCCCGUAGUUGGUAUAAGGGGAAGUGGUGGGCGACGAGCAAUCAGAAUCCGUGAAGGAAAUAAAGGUGUACCUGUUUCGGAAAGAGCUACUCGAAGUGGUUCUUUGCAAAAUAUAUUUCACGCAGCUUCCUGUUCCGAAUUUGACACUCAUCAUCCCAGUAGUUCUCGGAAAAAAAAUAAACGACAAGGACCGGGGAGUUCGGUUAGUGCUCGCCAGAGGGAAGGCGGAUCGCUGCCCUCUAAUGUGAAUGCUGGUUGGCCUUUGGAAUCAUGGUCGGAUCAAACGAAAAAGAAAGGACUGUUCGAUCGAGAUCCUAUACAACCAAAUCACGUAACAGUUAGUUUUGGCAACACUGCUUACUGUAAUACAAGCAGUGUUGCCGUCGCAUCAACUCAAGCAAGGAGGCAAACAUUAAAGCAUUCAGCUUCAAACGAGUUACCAUCAAGUAAAAAACCAAAUCCAGGAGAAUUAUAUCCGUUGAGAAGACAUCACUCGAGUAGUGACCAAUUAAAACCGUUCGAAUUGAAUAUAGUCAAGUUGAAGAAUCAGUCGGAAAGUUCUUCAUCGAUGGUGAGGAAAAUGCCGCAGCUUCCAAAGUCAAAUGAAUGCGUAUCAUUUGACAUGAGUAGUCUUAACUUGGAGAUUAAAAAGUUAAGCGAUUCAGAUCCUUCUUUGAAUUUUGAAAAGAAACCUCAAACUUUUCAAAAUAGCGAAAAGUCGUCCAGAGCUAGUUUAGAAGUAGAACCGGUUGAUUCAUCCAUUGAAUUGGGUUUCAAUGAGAAGAGAAUAUUAAAUGGAAUGGAAUCCGUACAAUUGAGUGAUAAUUAUCCUUCGGGACGGUUAAGCGAGCAACCCUUCGGAUUGCGUCCUCACAUGUAUCGCAAUUUGAACAUGAACAUGAACAUGAACAUGAUUGUCAACAUAAGUUCGAAAGCGGCCGCGGCAGCAUCCGCCACGGAUUCUCCCCGAACGGAUGAAAAUGGCAACGCUUUGAACGUGUCGAGUUUAACGACGCGAAUACAGAAAAAGCAAAAAAGAAAAUUGCUGGCUCAGAAAAACACCGUGUUCAGUCACGACAUAGCCGGGUACCGUGGCAAUGCCGAUGUGGAUAUCGUCGUGAAUUUCAUCGAGAGAGGCAAAGCCAAAAAUAAACAGCUUAAAAAAUUGACUAAAGGUAAUAAGAAAAACGAAAAGAAACGUCAAAGCAUGCAAAAAUCUAGUAGUUUCGAAGAUGUGUCGCAGAGAAACAUUGAAGAUCUUAGCGAGAGUUCAGAAAGCGAAAAAACGUCCACCGUCGACAAAUUUGGAAUCAAUAGUGGUAGUGGCACGGAUGCAGGCAUCAAAGAUCGAAGAAAAUUUCCGGAUCAGGUUUUUGUUACGACCGGCAGUAAAAUUGAUUUGAUGAAUGCGGAAGAAGAAGAUGAAAAUAAUUCCGACGGGGAAUUUCAAAUAGUUACUAAGAAACAAAGGAAAAAGAAAAUCGUCAAUCCCAAUCCGAAACUCGUUCGAAACUAUAGAAAUUCGCGGAGGAGUCCCCGGAGGAAAAGCACGUCUUCUGUUCCGCCCAGCGAACGGGGCGGAGAUUCGGAUUUGGACUCGGUGCACAGUUUACCCGUGGGAGGUGCUCCCGCAGUGUCGUAUGCUGACAUAGCAGCUGGAAAUUCUGCUUUUUUCACUCCUAAAGGAAUCAACGAAAUAAGUACUUUUAACGGAAACAGUCCCGAUAAAUUAGAUUGUGCUAAAAAUAAUGAAAUUGAAAGUUGGUGUAACUCCGUUAAUCAACAUUGGGAAAAAUCAAAUGAAAAUUCAUGCAGCAGCAACAACAACAACAACAACAAUUCUAAUAGUAAUAAUAGUAAUAAUAAUAAUAAUAAUAAUAAUAACAAUAACAAUAACAAUAUUAAUAAUAAUAAUAAUUUAAAUAAUAAAAAUAAUAAAAGUAAUGUUAACGCCUCCAACAACGUCAACAACAGCAACAGUGUAAACGGAAGUAAAACCAACGGAAUCAAUACCAAUAAUAAUAAUAAUAAUAAUAAUAAUAAUAAUAAUAUUGUUCAAAACGCUAACAAUUUAAAUGUUAACCAAAUCACUAAUAUCAAUAAUUUUAGUGACUUAAAAAAUUGUUCUAGACAGGAAAAUAGAAAAAAUAAUUUAAGUGUAGUAGAAGUUAAUAACGAAAUAUGUGAUAAUAAUAAUGUGAAAAAGUUUAAAGAUCUUGUUAUUGUUGAUAAAUCUGUUGAUAGCAAAGUCGUGACUCCUAAUAAUAAUAAUAAUAAAGUUAUUGAAUUACCAUUGAAAAAUAAUGACUCUAAAAAAAUUGUAUCUAGUUGUGAUUCGGACCCGUGUAAAUCGACAACGGUCGAUACGAAAUCCGGGGACGGUAAGAAAAAUUGGAAUAAGAAGAAAAUCAGUCGCGAGGAUUUCCCGAGUCUGCCGGUCAAAUCGGAAACUCCGAGUCAAUGCAAACAAAACAAAACAGAAUCUAGUGAACAAAACGCUUUUGGAAAAACGAAGCAAAUUUCUCCGAUUACGGAACCGAAUAAUAACACUAAUAAUAAUAAUAAUAAUAAUAAUAAUAAAAAAUCCGUGGAAGGGGACGUCAAGGGGGACGGAGGAAAUCGAGAGGUCAAAACGCCGAAAAGACCAAAGUCGGAUGAUGAGGGAAAACACCGUCGUUCGAAUCGAUCCAAAAGUGUCGGUCCGAACACGAGACGACCACCCGUUAUUUUGCUUCACGAUGAAAGAACCAAAGACAGUAGUGUGUGCGAAAUCACAUUUGGUUUUGAAAUCAACGAGCAACUUUUGUCUUCGGACGAUUCGACCAUAUUACCGGAUGAUGUGACAACAGCACCAACAGCAGCGGCAGCAGCAACAACGGAGAGCAUUAAUAACGACGUCAUUAGUUAUAAAAGUUCGCGGAAAAAUAAUAAUAAUAAUAAUAAUCACGAUGUUAAUAAAAUAAUUAUUAAUAAUAAUAAUAAUAAUAAUAGAAGCUCGGAAAAUUCGGUUAAAGUCGAUGAGAAAACGUUGACCGUCAACGGAGGAGGGCUCCCCUUUCACGAAAUAAAAGAAAAUGAAAACGCUUAUCAAACGCUUAACUCGACGAAUGCCGUCUUGGGCGAGAUGAUGAAUUCCACCGUAUCGGAAUUUUUCGGUAGGCAAGAAACGAUUCCGAAGAAAAAAUACGCGACAGGAAAUGAUCCGUCUGUCGAUCAUUCCGGCGGGAAUUCCAUUGCCAAUAAAUAUGUUCCUCCGGCAGCUUCAGUCCAAUUUAAUUACGACAAAAUAGUUAGCUUCGUCGGAUUGGCUUGGGAAGAUGUUAUGAGAAAUGGAAAAAUUCAAUACUAUACGGGUGAUAAUUGA